UAUAAUCUCUACAAGAUUUUACUAUUAAAAUCCUCAUCAUCUUUAUAUGAUUGCCAUUACUUUAUAAUUAAUAAUAACAUCUUCUUCUUCUUCCAUACUCUCUCCUUCUCUCUGAAAACUCUGUUUUCCUGAGAGAGAGAGAGAGAGAGAGAGAGAGAGAGAGAUGUAUUCAUCUCCAUCUCCAUCUUCUUCUUCUUCUUCACCAUUUUCGGUUCUUCGGCUUAUUAUCUUCAUACUAAUCUCCAUAUGUCUGUUAAAUCACGAUUCAGUUGCUAUUGAAAAUCAACAUCAAUUGUUGUCAGUUAGAAAUGUGAACAGAUCUCAAUCCUCCAAGGGUAAUUGUGAUUUCUUCACAGGUUCUUGGGUUUUCGAUAACACAUAUCCUCUUUAUGAUGCGUCGAAAUGUCCAUUGAUCGAACGUGAAUAUAGUUGUCAGCACAAUGGUCGACCUGACACCCAGUACGAAAAGUAUAGAUGGAAGCCUCAAGGUUGUGAAUUGGUCAGGUUUGAUGGUAAAGAUUUCUCGAGGAGAUUCAGAGGGAAAUCAAUCUUGUUCGUUGGGGAUUCACUGAGUAAAAAUCAGUAUGAAUCACUAAUCUGUUUGCUUCAUUCUUCGAUACCAAAUGCUAAUUACAGUAUGGUCAGAACAGCAUCCCUCUCCACAUUCAAAAUCAAAUAUGAGAUUACUGUGAUGCUCCAACGCAAUGUCUACCUCGUUGAUGUCGUAAGCGAAAAGAUCGGCCGAGUUCUGAAACUUGACUCACUAGAAAGUAGUGACACAUGGAUGGGAGUCGAUACGUUAAUCUUCAACACAUGGCAUUGGUGGAACCGUAGAGGCACUACACAACCGUGGGAUUACAUUCAAGAAGGAACUAAAAUAUACAAAGACAUGGAUCGUCUGAUUGCUUUCAAGAAGGCAUUAACCACUUGGGGUAAAUGGGUCGAUGCCAAUGUUGAUCCUGCAAAAACCGAAGUCUUCUAUCAAGGGGUAUCUCCCUCUCAUUACAAUGGAAGUGACUGGAGUGAGCCGCGAUUGAAGAAUUGUUUACUAGAGAAGGAACCUAUAAAAGGUUCGACAUACUUGGGAGGUACUCUGCAGUCGGUACAUGCAAUGAAAGAAGUCUUGAACACAAUAAGAAAGCCAGUGUAUUUGCUGGAUAUAACAACUCUUUCUCAGCUAAGAAAAGAUGGGCACCCAUCUAUGUACGGUUUUGGUGGUCCAAAAGCAAUGGAUUGCAGUCAUUGGUGCCUUGCUGGUGUUCCUGAUACCUGGAACCAGAUCCUAUAUAAUGCUAUUCUUUAAAGGGAAAAUGAAGAAUAAUAAUUGAAAAAAAUAAAUUCAGAAAUAGUUUCAGCGUUUAUAAGAUUAUCCGAUUCUUGCACAAUCUUUUCUAACAUUUGAAAGAUUUUCACAUUAUUGCUCCAUUCUACCAUUGUGUUAAGAAUCUUGUCCUUUUGUUACUAAAAUUUAAAUCAAACGGUGGACGAAAUUGUAAUGUCACGUGAACUCA